ACUUGGUAUAAUAAAAGUUUUAAGCGGAGCCAUGUAAUCAGAUGAAAACGUAAACUAUUUAUUAAUGAAUAUUUAAUAGUUUUCAAUUUCUAGAGGUCUUAGGCUAAACUAAUUGAGAGCAGCAGAAGAUUUACCAAAUAGUAUGAAAUAUUAAGUUAUUCCGUAUUUUCACCAGUAAAUUUCUAACGUGUGAUGGUGACGUCAUAAUUUUUGAUGGUUAGGCUUAGCUGUUGAGAUUAGUUUCGCGUUUUCAUCUUACGUGUGUAACUGUAAGAAACUGUUGUACAUAAACAAUUUUAGAAGAAUCACAACUUAUUUUUCUUUAAUCAAAGUAAGAUAUAGAUAAGUUAUUGAGUUAAUGUUUAAAAAUAAUUGUAAACAUAUUUGACGUGUCAUAACUCCUUAAUAUAGCGUACUUCCUACUCAUAUUGUAGUUUUCAAGUCAGUCCUUCGAGUACGAGUAUUACUCUUAGGGCUUAAGCUAAACUUGCUCCAACCUUCGUGACUAUCUUUCACUUCAUUCAGUUUCUGCGUCAACAAUUUUCCAACCUCAGCAAUGAAUAUGACCAACAGUUUGGACAGAUCCAAUUCAACAGAAACAGAACUCUUAGCAAGUACCAUUACAAUUGAGGAUCAUGGUAUUCCAGUAGCUAUUGUGAGGAAUGAAACUAAUGGUAGCUUGCAAGAGAUUCCUCCAAUUUUCCUGCAAACCACGGCAGCACAAGCAAUUUCAGGAGCUUUUGUGUGGGCAGCUUUGAUUGUCACAUGCCACCAGAUUUAUCAGCAUCUCAGGUAUUAUACUUGCCCAACUGAACAACGGUGGAUUGUGAGGAUCUUGUUUAUAGUACCUAUUUAUGCCUUUGAUUCCUGGUUAAGUUUGCUCUUCUUUCACGACAGCUUUUACAUUUACUUUGACAGUGUUCGGGACUGGUAUGAAGCUUUUGUGAUUUACAAUUUCUUGAGUUUGUGCUAUGAAUAUCUUGGAGGGGAAAGUAACAUCAUGACAGAAAUUAGAGGAAAGCCCAUAAGGUCUAGUUUUUGGUAUGGGUCAUGUUGUCUAACUGGAAAGACCUACACUAUAGGCUUUUUACGUUUUUGUAAACAGGCCACACUUCAGUUUUGUGGUGUAAAACCUCUGAUGUCAGUGAUAACAUUGAUUCUGCAGCCAUUUGGAAAGUACUCUGAUGGAGAUUGGAGACCUGACAGUGGAUAUUUGUAUAUCACCAUAAUCUACAACAUUAGUGUUUCUCUGGCAUUGUAUGGACUUGUGCUAUUUUACUUUGCCACCAAAGAGCUUUUGUCCCCCUAUGAACCAGUUUGGAAAUUUUGCACAGUCAAGUCAGUCAUUUUUCUUUCAUUUUGGCAAGGUGUAAUCUUAGCAGUGCUAGAGAAUGCUGGUGUGAUUUCUCCCAUCUAUUCUAAUCAGGGGAUAUCCAUGGCUAGUGCUGGUACUGUGUCUGCUGGCUAUCAGAACUUCCUUAUCUGUAUUGAGAUGUUCUUUGCUUCACUAGCCUUGCGGUAUGCCUUUCCAUAUCAGGUUUACAUGCAAAAUUACCAACAGGAAUCUCAGGGACGAUCUGUCACCAUGCAGAGCAUUUCAAGCAGUCUAAAGGAGACCAUGAACCCAAAGGACAUCAUGAAUGAUGCCAUUCAUAACUUCCACCCUCAGUACCAACAGUACACCCAAUACACUGCUCCUCCCCCUGCUUUGGGUCACCGGGGAGCUGUACAGGGGAUGAGAAUUGGUAGUGUGGAGGAUGAGAAUGUUGACAGAGGAUCACGUGGCCCUCGUCGCCCCACCACCAUUCAAGGAAGACAGGCUACUCCAAUGAACCAGAACUACACAGAGAAGACCACAUUAUUAAGCUCAGAUGAUGAAUUUCAGUAAAGAGAUGUCACAAGUAUCUACUUAACUAAAGCGGUAUCAGCCAAGCAACAAUUUCAAACCCUGUUUGAGUGGUGAUGUGUGGGUGCAGUCUGUUUGUUUAUCGAGAUACAAUAAUUUUAUGAUUAUUGCUAAUUUAAUAUUUUGUUUAGUUGAACAAGUCAUAAUAUCAAAGGAAUUUUCUAUCUCUAGAGAAAAAGUCCCUAUAUGUAUAAAUUGGAUGCUGAACAUCUGUAGAAACACUUUGUGGUUGUCAACAAAUACUAGAUCUGAUAUAAGUAAAACAUAAUUUUAACUAUAGAUACUUGAUAAAUUACUUGUUGGGGCUAUUGACUGUCUAGGUAUAGUAUACUGUACCCUAUAUAAUAAGUAGGUUGACUGUGUAAUUAUAAGCAGGAUAUUGUUCCUAAGGUAUCGGAUUACUUUUAGAUGAACUCACUGUUUCCUUAAGUGUGGCAGCUGAUCAAGUUGUAACCCAGUCUUUCAAUUUCUGCACAGGGACUAGAAUGCCCAGAUGCGUCUUCCUUGUUACUAAGCCUGCUAGAGACUUUCCUCCACUGAAAUAGUGUUCAAUUGGAUUCCCUGUAAAAGCAUUUUGGAAGUUAAGCAUGUCAAUUUGCUUAGUGGUUCUGAGUUAUUGAUUAUAUGUGUAAUAUGGUACAUGACAUCCCUUCCUCUUAGAAGUUCUGGAAUUCAUUAACAUGUUGCUAGGGCUGGUAAAGAUAAGACAAGUCUUUAUAAGCAGUUGUUGUUUAGAAUGCAAUGUUUAUUACUGUUGUAUAGUGAAGCUGAACAAAAAAUAGUCAAUUCUGUAUAUAUAUAUAUAUAUAUA